UGCCUCUAAGUGCCUCUGUUUUUAAGAUGCCUCAGGCUGAAAUUCUAAAAUGUUAAAAAAUCUGGUACCUUAACAUCACAGAAUUCAGGCAUUUGGAAUUGAUUUUUACUUUUGAUAAUUCAAUCUGUGGCGUAUUUGGUAAAAUGAAGCAAAAAAAAAUUCAUUCACAUAAAAUAAGACAUUGGUUUUGUACUCAUAAAAAGUAUUUUAAGAUGCAGCUUUUUCCUCAGAAGCUAAAACAGCUUCCAGCAAGAUAUAACUUAUAGAAUAAUCAUAUUAAACAUAUUUUAAGGCAACAUAUAAUGUUCAUUCUAGUAAUUUACUAUAAUUAAUACAUUUUAACUAUCACCUCAUUACUUUAUCUGGAGAUGUAACAAAUGACGUACUUUUCCAUGACAACAUUUCAGUUAUUUAUCAAAUUAACUUGAAUACUUCAGUUGCCUUUAACAACUACCUGGAAAAAAUCAAUACCUGAUAUGACUUCAUGGCACAUAGCAAAGUAUAUAAGCAUGAAGUUUCUAUUGCUUGGUCUCAAUUUGUCACUUCAGACCAUCUGACUGAGAAGUGACUCUUAAAUCCUCUUCAUUUCACUGUUAUCCGAUUUGCAGGAAUCCAAGACUUAAGCAAACAUGUCCAACCCUAGUGAGGCAGAACUCAUUCACAUGUUUAAGGGGAUUCCCUUUACCACCAUGUCUUCUCCUGAACUUUUAAAAUCCUUGGAUACUUUUGACGCCAGAGAAGAUGAUGUCCUCUUGGUUUCCUAUCCCAAGUCUGGCACUCACUGGCUUGCAGGAGUUAUAACAAAGCUUUACAAUACUCAAGUUACACUAACAUCUCCCAUUGAAUUUGGAGACAUUUCCAAACUAGAAGAGCUGAAUAAACUCUCAUCAAAGAGAAUCAUUCCAACUCACUUAGACUACAACAUGUUACCUGCAAAUUUUAAGAAAAAAAAAUGCAAGAUGAUCUACAUCAGCAGAAAUCCAAAAGAUACUGCAGUUUCCAUGUACCAUUACUACAGAGAUAACCCAAACCUUCCCACUAUAGACACUUGGGCUGCUUUCCUUGAUUUGUUCUUAAAAGGAGAUGUUGUCUGUGGAUCCUGGUUUGAUCAUUUCCUAAGUUGGGAAGAACAUGAAAAUGACAAAAACAUCCUGUUUUUAUUCUAUGAAGACAUGAAGAAGGAUCUUCCUAAGGUUGUAAAGGACAUGAUUUUGUUCUUGGGUUUAGACAUCAGUGAUGAUGAUAUCCAAGACAUCUGCAAGAAGUCCUCCUUCUCAGAGAUGAAAAGAGACACAGAAAAGGAGAACAGCAAUCCCAAUCACACUGUUUGCACACUGACAUCCAACAGGAAGCUAAUUUUCAGAAAAGGCACUGUUGGUGAUUGGAAGAACCAUUUCACUCCAAAACAGAAUCAAAGGUUUGAGGAGAUAUUUAAUGAGAAAAUGAAGCUCAGCAAAAUGGCAAAAAGUCUCACCUAUGAAUUUUGACUGCAUGUGAAGAACAAUAUCCAGUUAUUGACAAACACAGAUAGAGCAGUUGGUGGCAAAUUCUGAAUGGGGGCUCCCACUAAGUUUAUAAGCCUCCCAACACACGGGAUAGUAAACAAGAGAUUUUUGGGGACAGGAAAAUUCUGACACUAUGCCAGAGUUGAACUCAGUUUUCAGUGGGCAGAUGUAUAAGAUUUUACGAAGUCAGGAGCCAGAUUUGUUUUUCUACAACCAAAACUACCUUAUAAUUUAUUUAUUUUUUCCUCUAGAGAGAUAUGAAUGGAUGUCUUAGAUAUAAUUAAGGAAUUUUAUGUAAGAUGUUAAGAAAAAAAACGUAAAACCAAACCUAUAAGAAUGUGAAUAUAUGAAAAGUCUAAACCUACAUCAUAAGAAAAUGACCAAAGAUUUAACCCCAGCCCUGUUCCCUUCUUGAUCUAUCAUGAUUUGGAAAGUGUCUAUUUUAUCAGACUGUUAUUGAUACCGAAGUUGAAAAUUGCAGCUUUACAUUUGAUAAUCUGAAGUGAAGUUUGUUUAUAAAAUGUCUUUUAAAUGUCUUAUAUAUAUAUAUAUAUAUAGCAUGAAGUUCUUUGAUGUAACAUUUCUGGGUUAAGUACUGUAUAGUGUUUGUGUUUUAAAUGCAACUAAUAUAACUCCAUGUAAACUUCAGCACCAUAUGCUGAGGAACUACAAACGUGGUUUUUUUUUUCCAUUUGACUUUCUUCCUGCAAAAUGCUUGUUUCCAGUGUUUUGAUGAGAAGCAUUUUACUUCACAGUCCUUGUGCAACAGAAGUCAACAGUUCCACUGCGGUAAACAGACUGCACUCAGAGACAGUUUAAUCAGAACAAGACUUAUUUAUUUAUCCUGCUCUGAUAAGACAGAUUUUCCAAGAAUCAUCUCUCUGUGUUCAUAUUUGAGGGACUUCUAUAGGAACCUGGAAAGGAUUUUUCUUCUGGUUUAUUCCAUGAUACAUUUUCUGUCCUCACCUUCAAUUCGCUUUGCUGGCUGGCUUUAAAGACUCUUCUCCCCAAACUAGAUCUCCCCAACCAUGCAAUGCCAAGGCAUCAUUAGAUAGAAAAAACAUAGCAAAUGCUAUUUAAAAAGAAACUCAUGCAGACAUGCAUGAUUACUCUGACUCUUGUGUGCUCUGAAGGUAUACAUCAGUAAAGCAAGCUUUGUCCUCUGUUUCUGAGAAGCUAAGGUAUGGCCUUAUUUACAGCGAAACACUAAAGCCUUCUCUAGCCACACAUUUCACACUUGCCACACAGCCCUCUUAUUUCACACCUUGCUUGUGCAAGCUGACCUACUGAUUUUGUGUCAUCUGCACAAAUCAGAUAGAAGUUACAUGCUGAAGAAAUCAGUGAGAGAAAAGCCUGUUCAACUGCAGUCCCUUGACAAUUACCAAUUCAACACAAUCCAAGCAAGAUGCUGCCCUGAGCACUGUUUUAUGCAAAUGCCCAUUUGGAAACUGGAAGUUUGUUUGUGUGCUAUGCAAUUCUGACACUAAAAUCACAUUUUCUCUCACUAAAAUGCCAUGGACCACCGUUACCUUCAUUUCAGAUGUCAUUCUAACACUAUUAGUAAGUGGCAAGAGAUCAGCUAAUGACCAUGCUUGGGCUUUUUACUUAAAGACUUUAUUCUAGCUCUUUCAGUAUGGAAAAAAGCCCAAGGAUCCUUGGGCAAACAAAGUUUGCAAGCAAGUUUAUUAACUGCAUUAAGA